CACUUGGGAUGAGGAUCUGCCUCUGCCUCUGCCUCUGCCUCUGCCAUCACUACUACCACCCACCAUAUUAUGUGUUUUGGAAAAACCCCAAAGUACUUCUCUUCUCCAUUCUGCCCUCAUCACCACCGCAAACGCCCAACAGGACUCUGUAUUUACAGAAGAACAACACAAAAUAAGCACAGCCAAGUAAAUAGGAAUCCGAUGAGUACAACAAAAAAGGCUUUGAGAGCUCUCACGUAUCUUACUUCUCUUCAUACUUACCGAGUCCAUAGCUUCCACCGCCACCAGCAUCAUCAUCAUCGUCAUCAUCUUCUAUUUGUUCGUUUGCUUUCAGCCCAAUCCAAGCAACGCCAAGAUGAUUCCGAUGACUCCCACCUCAACAGCAGCCCCGAUUCUGUCUUCGACAGUGGCCAAUUUUCUAUCCCCGAUACACCACGAAGUACUCCCCAACAACCGACAUGGGAUGUCCAACACAGGAAACGAAUAGAGCGUGAAUUAUUCAAAAACGAUCUCCAGGACCGCUACUUUGAGGACGAGGAAGAGGAGAGGAGAAGAAGGGUUCUUGCCAAGGCUUUGCUCGAGGCAGCUUUGAAGGGACCGGACGAGGACGCCGAACAAGACCUAGAGGUCAAGGAAGAGGACCAGAAGUCUCUCUCCGUUGGGAUUAUUGGCGCCCCUAAUGCCGGGAAAUCGGCCCUUACUAAUUUUAUGGUUGGGACCAAGGUUGCUGCUGUCUCACGGAAAACGAACACAACUACUCAUGAAGUGUUAGGGGUCAUGACCAAAGGGGAUACCCAAAUUUGCUUUUUUGACACCCCCGGACUGAUGUUUAAUAGCAGUGGACAUCUUCACAAAGAUAUGAAGUUUCGUGUCGAGAGUGCCUGGAGUUCAAUUAAUCGCUAUGAUGUACUCAUAGUUAUUUUUGAUGUCAAUAGGCAUCUUACAAGACCUGAUUCAAGGGUGAUAAGAUUAAUCAAACGUAUGGGAGCAGAAGCAAGUCCCAAACAAGCACGGGUUUUAUGCAUGAAUAAGGUAGAUUUGGUAGAAAAAAAGAAGGAUUUGUUGAAGGUUGCUGAGCAGUUCAAAGAUCUUCCUGGCUAUGAAAGGAUUUUCACGAUCUCAGGAUUGAAGGGUUCUGGUGUAGAAGAUCUUUCUGGACAUCUCAUGGAACAGGCAGUUAAAAGGCCUUGGGCUGAAGAUCCGUUUGCAAUGAGUGAAGAAGUCAUGAAGAAUAUUUCAUUGGAAGUUGUCCGGGAAAGGCUACUAGAUCAUGUGCAUCAGGAAAUCCCAUAUGGCAUUGAACACCGUUUGGUAGACUGGAAGGAGAUACGAGAUGGGUCUCCAAGGAUUGAGCAGCAUUUCAUUACUUGCAAAAUAAGCCAGCGAAAGAUUCUCGUGGGAAAGAAUGGCUCGAAAAUAGGGAGAAUUGGGAUUGAAGCAAAUGAGGAGCUAAGGUCUAUCUUCAAAAGGGAUGCGCAUCUCAUUCUUCAGGUUAGAGUUAAAACAUAAACUCGGCGAAAACAUUGACGAAUGUCCAGGACCGCACACAUCUGCAAUACAAUCUGAUGUGUAUAUCCAAAGGGUAGGCAAUGCAAUUGUGCCAUCUUUUCCCUAGGGUCUUAUGUACAAUUGGGGACCUUAACGUAAAUUUUCAAGAGAUCCCAGUUUUUCUGUCCUUCAAUGUGCCCACUUGUCCUAAAAUUGUGUGAUCCAAAGUGUUGUAUUCAUGUCUGAUUGCAUGAAAGCUGUAAGGCGAGGGCUUAUUUAGUUAAUUAAUUUCCAACUUGAACGAUUGUUGUUAUUUUAUUG